CGGAGGGUUCUGCCCUUCGUAAAGAUGGCCGCGGAGGCUUUUGGAGCCAACUGGGAGUGCAGUGUGCGUUUUCUGGAGCAUGGGCAGAGAAGACAGGAAGAAGCGUAGCAUUCGUGAGCACCGAUUGGCUGAAGCGAGAAGUUCCCGGGAGCUGACUGGCUCCGUCAUUCGCGGGAAGGAGUUUGUGGCGCCAGAGAAAAGUAGCUAGAGCGGCGCAGUAGCGGCCGCGUUCUGUGGUUUUCCGUGAUUCCCCCAGACCCGAACCUUCUCGGCCUCGUUGCGGAAAAUCGCGACCAAGAUGUGGAACAGUGGAUUCGAAAGCUAUGGCAGCUCCUCAUAUGGGGGAGCCGGCGGCUACACGCAGUCCCCGGGUGGCUUUGGAUCGCCCGCACCUUCUCAGGCCGAAAAGAAAUCAAGAGCCCGAGCCCAGCACAUUGUACCCUGUACUAUAUCUCAGCUGCUUUCUGCCACUUUGGUUGAUGAAGUGUUCAGAAUUGGGAAUGUUGAGAUUUCACAGGUCACUAUUGUGGGGAUCAUCAGACAUGCAGAGAAGGCUCCAACCAACAUUGUUUACAAAAUAGAUGACAUGACAGCUGCACCCAUGGACGUUCGCCAGUGGGUUGACACAGAUGAUGCCAGCAGUGAAAACACUGUGGUUCCUCCAGAAACAUAUGUGAAAGUGGCAGGCCACCUGAGAUCUUUUCAGAACAAAAAGAGCCUGGUAGCCUUUAAGAUCAUGCCCCUGGAGGAUAUGAAUGAGUUCACCACACAUAUUCUGGAAGUGAUCAAUGCACACAUGGUACUAAGCAAAGCCAGCAGCCAGCCCUCAGCAGGGAGAGCACCUAUCAGCAAUCCAGGAAUGAGUGAAGCAGGGAACUUCGGUGGGAAUAGCUUCAUGCCAGCAAAUGGCCUCACUGUGGCCCAAAACCAGGUAUUGAAUUUGAUUAAGGCUUGUCCAAGACCUGAAGGGUUGAACUUUCAGGAUCUCAGGAACCAGCUGAAACACAUGUCUGUAUCUUCAAUCAAGCAAGCUGUGGAUUUUCUGAGCAAUGAGGGGCACAUCUAUUCUACUGUGGAUGAUGACCAUUUUAAAUCCACAGAUGCAGAAUAACUGGAUCUAAUUGGGUACCUGAGAUAUUUUACAGCUGGACCUAGUUUCACACUCUGUUGUCUCCGGCUCGGCAUAUGUUUGGCCACGUGGCUUGUAGGAAGUAGGUUUCAUCUAUCAAAGGUCUCCUCUGACAUCCUUUUGAAACUUACUGCUCUUCUGUUUUGUUUUGUUUUGUUUGAAGCUCAGAGGGAGAUGGGCAAUUGACAGGGAUGCAAUCCAGGGUGGGAUUUCUUGAGGAAGUUACAAAUAAGCUUGUUACCACAUCAAGAUAGAUGGAAUUGGAAGGAUGCUACCAGGAGAGUACUUACAUAGUGCUCGGGAGUUUCUCUUCUUAAAAGUUUGCUGCUGAAAGAUGAGCAGGACCAGGGCCUUGUAGGCAGAGCCCUAGCCAAGAAACUGGCUGGUCUCUGCGUGUUUUUGUUUCCCACUUUGGUUGUGUGGCAUUACUUUCAGAAUUGCACUUUCCUGCUUGUCAUGACUGCUUGACACACUUGUCAUGACGUGUGUUUCUGUGAACAUGAAGUUCUGCGGUGGUGGCCUCCAGGGGCAGAGGAAAGGAAGAAGUGUUACUGCGUUUUGUACAAAAUAAGUACAUUCAUAUGUUUAAUAAAACAGUUCUGUUGUAGUAACUUGUAAAAA